AUGUCCGCCAUGGACUGUGGUCCCGGAAACCUACAUUUCAAUACAUACUUCCCGCCUCCCCGUCUGCAGGCUCAUAUCAAGAACCAAGACUCCAGUUCGUCAUCGGCGAGCCACGAUGUGAUGUCCUCCGGGGAGCGGAUCCCAUCUCCACGCCGAUGGUCUCCAACGUUUCAGCCGCGGAGGAGGAGUAGGCAGUACCCGAACUCUCUGUCUUUCAUUCCUUCGCCGGCGUUGCCCCAGUCCGAAACCCAUGAGCAGGCGCCAUCACUCCGACGACGUCUAGCCACUCGAGCACCGCUAACCAUCUCGCCAUUUCGAUCAGUACGAAAGAUGAAGGAACCUUUCCAGUUGAUGCUACCGUCGUCGCCAGUAUCAUUGGAGAGUGCACCUACUUUCGGGGACAAAUCAUUGGAAUCAGGGGAUCCGGUGGCUGGUCUCACAUUGCGAACCUGGCGUUCUGACCAGAAUUUGACCUCUGCUAGUUUGGAGGCAUUUGGUCUGCUCCCCAGUCCGCCGAUUUCAGACUCUCGCCCUGCUAGCGUGGGGGCUGAGGAAUCAUAUUUUGACAGCAAGCCCGAGUCUGAUACCAACACCGAAGUUGAAACCGUGGAUGAUGAUGCAACGCCGGGGGUUGAGGAAUCUACCAAAAAUAUCAAUUUGGACGAAAAGGUCACAUACAAGGCCUACCGUCCUCCAGGGUGGGAAGACACCGAGCAGGAUCAGCGGAGGACAGACGUGAAGAAUGUUCAUGAAGCACAUUCGCAUUUUGUUCGUCAUUGUGAAUCGAUUGAUGAAUCUGGCCCCGAUAUUAUUGAAGAUGAGACGGGUUUAGCUGCUGCGUCUCCAGAGCCGAAGAAGACUGAGCCAGUCUCUAUACUGGGCAGUUCACCCAGAGUUCAUCGGCCGAGAACGGCCACGAUGUCGAGUGAAGCUAGCUGGGUACCCAGCAAUUUCUCCUACUGUGAGCGCUGGCUGCAGUGCGUGCCACACGAUAUGUUGGAUGAUCAAGAUGAGCAUCCACCUGAAUUCAAUCGACGCAAGUUCCGGAUUGUCGAGAACGAUCCUCCAAUGCCCAAGCUGGACAUCAUUCCCGGUGCCAAAGUUCUGGAUGAACCAGUGAGGUUCGCAGUCGCCAGCAAACCAAAGUUGGUUGACAUUGCUCGACAAUCUCCAAUACCCCCACCAUUACCACCACUAUCUUUACUACCGACAAAUUCCGUACCUGCCACUCCACAUCAACGCCAAGUGGAAGUAUCUGCCUUUAGCCCCGACACCCCACUGGACAUGUCCGACAGUGGAUAUGGCACUCGUGAUUCCGGCUACUCUGCCGAUAGUUUCCAUGAAGACAGCAAAGACGAUGAAUACACAGACCCAGGCUCCUUGACAUCAGACAGUGUCACGUCCACCGUGGUGAACGACAGGCCUGAAUCCGCGCAGGGAGAGCGCAACAUUUCCCCCAGCCCGAGAUACGCUCCGUCAUCCGAACUGUCAGAGAAGGAAGAAAGAGAGAACCUAUGGAAUCACGAGUGGACACUGGACCAGCUGGACCAUUCCGUGAAAGACUUCCCACGCCAUAUGCUCCGGUUGACAUCACCGGUCAUCAUUCAUAUCCGCAAGAAUGAAGAGAAAGCACUCAUUCGACCCUUCCGCACCAUCUUCCCCGAAGUCGCAGAGAAUCUACUAGACUGUCUCUGUGCCGCUCUCAUCGCUCGCAACUACCUGGUCACUCUCUCCUCUAUCCACAGACGCAAACCAUCUCUCUCCCAACGCAGCGGCACUUAUGCCAUUGACUCUGUGCCCACCAAGGCAUACUCCACGCUAGGAAUUCAACUCCCAUCGGGUUCGCCUGGCCGGAUCAAAGACCGUGUCCUCGGCUCUCGCAGCAUAGAACUGCGCCGAGAGCUGGAAAAGAUCGUCGACAAUCUACUAUUUGCUAUCUGUGGACGGUCGGAUGCCAUACUGAAAUCGGCCGUCGAAGUUCUAGCACAGGUCCUUGAAACCACCGCCCUGGAUUGA